UCCCUCCACAACCAGCUAGUUAGCUUUCUAGCUAAAGGAUACGGAACCCGAAAACCAAGGCGAACAACGCAUUUUCUUUAAUUUGUUAACAUUUACUGAUACAAUAAACGCGAUCAAUAAUCAGCGUUUGUUUACGGUUUGUAACGCGCGUGAAAACGUACCUCUAUAUCGAGGGUAGCGUCGCAUUACCUUGUAUUUUUCACUGCGCCGGUUUUAUGUGAGCACAAAGGCCCACACAAGCCCACUGUUCCCAAGCAUGUAUCCUUGGGGUACUAACUACGGCGGUGGCCAUCAACCACCUUCGCAGCAGAACUUCGGCGCGCCGUCUCCUCAAGGCGAAGGCUUCGCAGGUGGAUUCGGGAGUUAUGGAGCAGCUACGCCCGCAGCGGCACCCGGUUCCACUUUCAACAGCCUGCGGGAGCAGCAUCUCCAGCAGAUGCAGCAGCUGCAACAGCUCCACCAAAAACAGCUCCAAUCCGUGCUGCACCACGACAGGAACGCAGAUGCAACCCCCUAUGGCGGCGGUGGUACUGCGGCCGAAUCGUGGCAAGGCAGUUCGGGAUAUGGGUAUGGUUCAACGGGGGCCGGUGCCCCUUCCCCUUAUCAAGAUGAGUAUCAGACCAUGCAAGCCGGUCCGCCCGGACCACAGCAGCCGCCGCUACCGCCACAGUCCCCGCAGUCCAAGGAGGCCCAGCCUCCCCCACCAGAUUCGACCCUUCCGGUGCCCACUCAGAACAAUGGUACUCCAGCGACAAAAGAGGUAAACAAGAAAGAAUCUUUGGCCUCGAAAGACCAGGCACAUUCCUCUGGGUCGGAGGAGGAAAAGCCCGAUUUUACGUCAAUGUCGUUGCAGGAGCAGCAGCAGUAUUGGUACAAGCAGCAUCUCCAGAAUCUGCAGAGGCUGAAAGCUGAGAAGGCCAAACAGGGCCAGGGUGAUGGCCCAACGCCCCGGCCCCACCCGGCAGCCGCGCCUCCCCCUCCAUCGGAACCCCCUAAGAGCGCCCCUCCACCACCCCCACCCAAAGAGGAGCCCCCGCCACCACCUCCACCUGAGGACAAAACGCCUGCACCCCCAGCCCAGGACCCAGCAGAGGCGGCCCGGAUGAAGCAGCUCCAGAGUGCAGCGGCCCAGUGGCAGCAGGCCCAGCAGCAGAGAGCGGGCUACCAGUACCAAGCCCUGAUGCGGCACCAUGCUCAGCUACAGGUCAUCCUCAACCAGUACCAGCAGUGUAUCCAACAACCUGCACAUCUAGAGACGAUGUCUAUGGCCAUGCAGCUGAGUCACUAUGAGACGCAGCAGAAGCAGUUUGGCCCGGUGUUUGGAGACUGGGGCCGUACCUUCAGCCAGUGGCAAGAGCAGUUCCAGUCCUACCCACAUAAAGACCAGCUACAGGACUACGAGUUACAGUGGAGACAGUGGCAGGAACAGAUGAACUCCACCUCGGCACACCUACAGGAGAGGGUCACCACCCUGCGAGCCACGCAGCAACAGUACGGAGGUGGCGGUAGCGUCGGCAGCGAUGGCGGUGGACAGUAUGGCGCUGAUCCAUACGGUAGUAGUGACCGGUAUGGUAGUGGAGGGUACGGGGACCAGUACAACCAAUAUGGUCAGUACCCACAAUCUGGACCGGACUCGCAGAUUCAACAAGGUCACAUGGUGAGCCCGUCCGUGCCGUCCCAGCCAGGUAGCCAGCCCUCGUCUGGAUCUGGAUCCAUGUUGCAGGGCCCUCGACCAGGACAGCAAGGCCCCUCAAACACCCAACGCAUGGGAACCCCCACAGGAGAACCACACCAAGGGCCUCAGGCAGAGCAGUACAACCUGUCUGGACCUCCAGGGAGAGGGGCGGGCCCAGGAGGGAGAGGGGCGGGCCCAGGAGGGAGAGGGGCGGGCCCAGGAGGGAGAGGGGCGGGCCCAGGAGGGAGAGGGGCGGGCCCAGGAGGGAGAGGGGCGGCCAGAUCACCAGUUCCACCACCAGGACAGCCUCCACACUACCAAAGCCCCAGAGGACCAAGGUUUGAUGGUCCGAGAGGGAACGGCCCGCUGUUUGACCAGCAGCAGCAAUCCGGUCAACAGCAGAGGUUUAAUGCUCAACCAGGCCCCAGGUUCAACGAGCAGCGCCAGAGGUUUGACCAGCCUGGCCCAAGAGGACCAGGGCCUCGCUUUGGGCAGCAGGGGUCCCGGUUCGACCAGCCCCCCCCGAGACAAAACCCCCCUGGCUGCUUUGAAAGACCACCUGGUCCCCCAGUUCCCCAUAUAGGCCCACAGCCUAAACCAGACACUAGUAAAGACACACAACCUCCACAGUGCGAGACGCCAGCGGGCUCCAAGCCUCCUGGUAAUAAACCUACCGGGCCAGCGAAACCAGGAGCAGAACCGGAGGAUAUGUCAGAGGACGUGGUGGACGCACUGGAUGGCUUCUUCGUCCAAAAUGACCCCAUCCCUCAGACGAAGGCAGAAGCUGACGCUGCUGCUGCUGCUGCUAGUAAGGGAUCCACCGGCAACAUGGAGAAGGUGAGCCCUACUGGUCCUGCCGGUACCAAGCCCCAAGGGUCCACCGACACCUCUGUGUCCCCGAAAACCGCUUCCCCCGCUAAGACCGCUUUCAAACCAGGUGGACCGGAUGGGCCAUUGAAGAAUAAUGUCAAUGACAACAACAGGCCUCAGGGACCGGAGCAUUCGAAGACAGACCCAAUGACCAACCAACCUCCUGGUCCUCCGGGGCCCAUGGGACGUGGCCAGCCGCUAGGGCCUGUCAGAGGAAGAGGGGAGGCGGAUGGAGGGAUGAGGGGAGGUAGAGGACGAGGGGAGGCGGAUGGAGGGAUGAGGGGAGGUAGAGGACGAGGGGAGGCGGGUGGAGGGAUGAGGGGAGGUAGAGGACGAGGGGAGGCGGAUGGAGGGAUGAGGGGAGGUAGAGGACGAGGGGAGUUUGAUGGAGGGAUGAGGGGGGGUAGAGGACGGGGGGAGGCAGAUGGGGGGAUGAGGGGGGGUAGAGGACGAGGGGAGGCGGAUGGAGGGAUGAGGGGGGGUAGAGGACGAGGGGAGUUUGAUGGAGGGAUGAGGGGAGGUAGAGGACGAGGGGAGUUAGAUGGAGUUAGGGGACGAGGAGGAAGGGGUGGUCUGAGGGGACGUGGAGGACAACACCCCGGUAUCCCAGGCUUCAGUCCCAACACUAUCGCUCUGGGAGUUGGGAGGACGGAGGACGACAUGGAGGGGGUUCCUUAUGACUACAGACCUCCACAUGAAGAGAUGAGAUCACAACAUGGAGGACCAGGGGAGGACUGGCAGCAGGACCCUUCACUGGAGAAACCUGGAGGUCCUCCUCUGCCUGAAGAGGAGAUGUGGGUCCCUGAAGAGCACUACUAUCCUCCAGAGGACUACUACGAAGAACCAGGGAGAGGAGGUCCCCCUAUGGGGAGAGGAGAGCCUCUAGACGGGCACCACUGGGAGGAAGCAGACCCCCCACCUCCAGAGUACUGGGGAGAGGAAGGAGAUCCCUACUGGAUGGACCGGAGGCCCCCUCCUCAUGGCAUGAGAGGAGGCCCCCGAGCCCCCUUCCAUCCUGGGCGUGGUCGCCCUCCACGCGGCCGACCCGGCUUCAUGCACCAGGGGGGUCCCAGACGCCCCCUUCCUCCUCCUCGCGGAGCCAUGGACCCCCAUGACCCUCUAGGAUCCCCCAUGGGGCCUCACGAUGACAUGGACCCUCUGGGACCCCCGCUGCAUCGAGACUACAACCCCAGAGGGCCGCCCAUGCACCACGAUAUGAUGGAGCGAGACAUGAGGGGGCGACCUCCUCCACCUAGAGAGAUGAUGGACAGAGAUCUGAUGGGGCCUGGUGAUCAUCCUCCAUAUCACGACACGGAUAGGGACCUUGGCUGGACCCCGGGCCCAGGACGACCCCCCAACCACGGCAGAGUCGGGCCAAGAGGUCCGCCUCCCCUUGAGAUGAUGAUGGAGCGAGGGGGGAUAAGGAGGCGUCCGAUGGGCCCUCGGGGAGCCCCAAUGGGCAGGGCCCGGGGCAUGAUGCAGCAGCCACACGAGGAGAUGGAGGGGUACCCCCACGACGGGUACGGGGAGGAGUUUGGUGGUCCUGAUGAUGACGGGUAUGGAAGACCGCUGCCACCACGUGAUUGGCCGAAGCGCCCACCACAUGGUUACGGCCGUGAGGGGGAGUAUUAUGCCCAUGAGCCUCCUCGUGGUGGGGAGUGGAACAGGGAGAGAGGAGGACCACUACCAGAGAGAGACUACCAUCCCUACCCUCCCCCAGACCGCUUCAGAGAGGACAAAUGGACUGGUGAGAGGGACCAAGACCGUCCUCCAUACGCCUACGAGGGAGACAGAGACCGUCCUCCAUACGCCUACGAGGGAGAAGAGCAUGGAAGAGGAGGCAAGCUACAAAGCCGCGACUACCCGGACGACCCUCCUUACAGGCACGAUGAACCCCCCUACUUGCCACCUCCAGAGUGGGAGAGAUCAAGACCACCCCUUCCGGAGAGAAACUACCCCUCAGAUUUUGAGGAGCAUAGGCCCCACUACGACGGACGAGCCGAGCCACCUAGAUCAGAUCUAGGUAUCCCUCCACCCACCCCUUCCCAGGCCCUUGCUCCUCCCACUACUGGACCAGACAGUUCUCAGGAACCAGCCUCACAGGGCACUGGACCGGGCAUACUGGCUCUGUCACAACGACAACAUGAGAUCAUCCUGAAAGCUGCCCAUGAGCUGAAGCUUAUCAGGUCUGUUUCUCUGGUACUGAACAGAGAAAUGCAGGAGAAUUUGACCGAGGGAGAGACCCUAUCCAUCACGUCUGACCCUAAGACGGAGCUCCCUGCUGGACUACUGGGGCUGGAGAUCCCCCCUGAGGUCCGGAGUGCCCUGCAGGCGACCAAUCUAAUUUCUAACUCAACUGCUGCAAAAACAGUGACGUGGGGAGACACCAACCCUCAAGUUACUGGGUACAUGUCCUCCGUUCCUCCAGUCCCCAACGCACCAGUCAUCCCGAAGACUGUCGACUAUGGACAUGGACAUGACCUGGGUGCUGCCACGGUGGAGCGGAUCUCUUACGGUGAGAGGAUCGUGUUGAGGCCUGAACCCGACAGGGAGAGAAGCUAUGAAAAAGAACUACUGGGCCCCCUGAGAGACCCCUACCACAGAGACCUGUACUACGACAGACGACCGGUGGACCCCUACAUGGAGCGUAGGGAGUACAGCAGGGAGAGGGAGAUGUACAGAGAAAAAGCUCCCAUGGACUUUGAAAGAGAACGAUACGAGAGGGAGCGCUAUCCGCCUCGAGAUGACAGCAAACACUCCAUGGAUGUUGAUGACAGACAACCCCCAGGCCAUCCUCGCUCCGGUCCCCCACCUCCUCGCCCGGGCUACAGGGACAGAGACAUGAGGGAGAGGGAGGGCAGCCGGACCAGUAGAGACAGAGAGGAUACUUAUGGAAGACCUGGGGGUUAUGACAGACCUCUGUUUGAGCGCGGGCCUGAACGCGGGCCUGAGCGCUACGACCAUGGUGCCUCAACAUAUGGUGAACGGAGGAGUUACCCAGAGGAGAGAGGAGCAGGAGGCCCCACGUCGUCCCACCCUCCUCCCACCCCACCGACUGCUCCUCCUUCCAGGAUGGAGAAGAAACCAGAGACCAAGAACGUGGAGGACCUUCUCAAACUGCCAGGCCGAGACACUCGUCCAGAAAGGAUCGUCAUCAUAAUGAGAGGCCUACCAGGAAGUGGAAAAAGCCAUGUGGCCAAGCUGAUACGGGACAAGGAGGUGGAGUGUGGAGGGGCUCCACCCAGAGUGCUGGGGUUAGACGACUACUUCAUGACGGAGGUGGAGAAGAUGGAGAAGGACCCAGAAACAGGGAAACGGAUCAAACUCAAGUGUCUGGAAUACGAGUACGAAGCGGAGAUGGAAGACACGUACAGGAACAGCAUGCUAAAAACAUUCAGGAAGACCCUAGACGACGGCUUCUUCCCCUUCAUCAUCAUCGACGCUAUCAAUGACAGGGUUAAAUACUUUGAUCAGUUCUGGAGUGCUGCCAAGACUAAAGGCUUCGAGGUAUACUUGGCUGAAAUCACGGCAGACAAUCAGACUUGCGCUAAAAGAAAUGCCCACGGACGGAAGAUGAAAGAUAUUCAAAAGAUGUCCAGUAACUGGGAGUCGUCUCCACGUCACAUGGUGCGGUUGGAUGUCCGUUCCCUGCUUCAGGACGCUGCUAUUGAGGAGGUUGAGAUGGAAGACUUAAAUCCCGAUGACGAGCCACUGAAGGAGCCCAAGAAGGAGGAGGAGGAGGAAGAUAUUAAGGGUUACAUUCCACAAAGCAAAUGGGAGAUGGACACUUCUGAUGCCAAACUCGACAAGCUGGACGGCUUGGUGAUGGGGGGGAAGAGGAAGAGGGAGGGAGACGACGUGGCAGGCAUGGAUGACUUUCUUCAGCUGCCUGACGACUACGCCACGCGCCACUCUGAACCCGGCAAGAAGAGGGUUCGCUGGGCCGACCUCGAAGAGCAGAAGGAUGCAGAGCGCAAGCGCGAUAUCGGCUUUGUGGUGGGUCAAACAGACUGGGAGAAAAUCACAGACCAGAGCGGACAGAUAGCUCAGAGAGCUCUCAACCGCACUAAGUAUUUCUAAAAACAGAAGAUCAAUGCCCUCACCCCCUGCUUCCUGAUUUAUAGGUCUGCAGACUGUGAAUAUGCUUAACCCGUUUCUCGAAAAACAAAGUCAUGAAGACUACACAUUCUACCUGUUGACUUUUAGGAGAUCCAUAGUUGUUUAUUCCAUUAUUAGAAUACAGAAUAGAUUUAUCUUGCGUUUAAAAAAAGAAGAAAAAUAUUAUAAUAAUUCUUGAUCUUCAAUUUGAGUAUUUUUUUUUUAGUUGUUUUCUCCUUUCGAUGGUAAAAUUCAUGCACCAGUUUAUCUUGAGCUUCGCUUCUCAUUUUAUACUGUAAUGUCUUCCUGUAUGUUAGCACUGUUGCUUAUUUUAUUAAAUAAACUGAAGAAACAAUAAAAGUUUCACACACAAAACAACCAGGAGAGUCUCAUGUGUGUGGUCAUGUGGGCUA